CUUAUUCAGUUAUUCUUUCCGGUUGAAAAUUUUCCCAAGAGUUGCUGAUGUUGGAAUUAGACAUGCCAGCCCAAUUUAAUGCUUCGCUUCCAUCUUUCAGUUCCUCCUAGUUUGGAGUACCAUGUCCAUAACCAACUAUGAUAGUCUCUCUCAUUCACCGCCAAAACCUCCAUUAUCGGACUUUUACGCUCUAUUCUCUUCAUCACCAUUUUUCCACUUCAUCAAAGCUCCACUCAAAGUACACAUUCACUCCCCCAAAAUCUCUUCAACCUCAAAACCCUAAUCCUAACCCUCAAUACUCACCGAAUAGCCAUUCCGCUAACAAAAUCCGUAAAAAGCCCCUUUACCGACCCCCUUCAUCACUAGAAGCCGUCGACAAACCUUUGCAAUCAAAAUUGCCCUUCGACUUCCGGCACAGUUAUACAGAGAGUAACCCAUCAGUGAGACCGAUUGGGCUACGAGGACCCAAAUAUUCCCCUUUUGGGCCGGGUCGUCUUUCCCGGGAAUGGACUGGUGUUUGUGCUCCGGUUAAAAGCCUGAAAGUGAAGACCGUUGAUGGUGAAGUUGACGAUGAUACGAAAUUGGCGGAAAGAAGAAGAAUUAUUAGAGAGAAACUUCAAGGAGCACCAUUAACGGAUGCUGAAAGGAAGAUUUUAGUGGAUAAUUGUCAAAGGUCGAAAACUAAGAGACAAAUUAAUCUGGGGAGAGAUGGUUUAACUCAUAAUAUGUUGAAUGAUAUUCACAACCAUUGGAAGCAUGAUGAGGCAAUCAGGAUUAAAUGUAUGGGUAUUCCAACUAUUGACAUGAAUAAUGUCUGCUCCCAAAUUGAGGAUAAGACAUAUGGCAAGAUCAUACACAGGCAAGGUCGUCUUCUUGUUCUGUACAGAGGCAGGAAAUAUAAACCCAAGAAGCGACCUAUGAUUCCAUUAAUGCUUUGGAAACCCCAAGAGCCUGUGUAUCCAAAGCUAAUCAAAACUACAGUUGAGGGAUUAAGCAUUGAAGAGACGAAGGGAAUCAGAAAAAGAGGGUUAGCUAUUCCUGCAUUGACUAAACUUGGUCGAAAUGGAUACUAUGGUAACCUUGUAUCCAUGGUUCGAGAUGCUUUUCUUGUGGGGGAACUGGUUCGGAUAGACUGUACUGGCCUCGACAAAAGUGAUCAUAAGAAAAUAACCGUCAAGCUUAGGGACUUGGUACCAUGUAUUCCUGUGACAUUGGCAAAGGAACAAAUUGUAAUAUGGAGAGGAUCAAGCUAUCAACCUACAAAAGAAGAGCUUUGUCUUACAGAGCGGGAGCCUUUUGAGCAAACCAUUGAUAAUAUGAUUUGGGAUAAUUGAAGUCAUGCGAUGUUAACAAUUCGUUAGAGGCUCCAAGGGCAAUCCGAGGGGCCCUGACUUCUUUUAACUGCAUCAUGACCAUGAUAUAUCCAAAAAUGUGUCCAUAUUAGUUCCAAAUUACCCAUAUUUAUCCCUAAGAUACAAAAAUCUGUCAAAGAGACUUGAUUUCACCUCAAGUACCCAAGUCGAAUCCUUUACACUUCAUUUCAUGCUGAAAUCCCGAAAACAGUUCACAAGAUAGCUAGCUACACGCUGGAAUACAUACCCGAGUCCAACUAACAUAACGUUCCAUGUAAAGAAAGGCUUUAUUAAUGUGUUGAAUUGGCAGAUCUCAAGAAAUGUGGGAGCAGUCAUUAGAUCCAGUGAUUCAGCAUUGGUGGUAUUUUCUUAAUCUGACCUUCCAGCUACAGCAUGUGAUUCCAUUCAGAUCUAAUGUCAGGUUGGAUCUGCUUCUUAAUUAUUCUAAUCUUUAUGUAAAAGAAGAAAGGCUUCCUUCCCCCUUUUCUGUUUCGCGUUUAAGAAAGGAUGGCAGUCUGGUAAUUCCCCAACUUGCACAAACUUAUUUUUGUAUUUAUUUUUGUUUUUUUUAAGUUAAUUCCCCAAUUUGCAUUAAUCUGCCAUGUGGCCUUCUCCAUGUAUCUUGAACUUUUAGGUUAGAAAGAGAUAAGGAGGAUAGAUAGCCCUAGUUCUGGUUCUGAUAGUUUCUACAUCAGAUUUUCUGUAUUAUGAAGUGUAUAUUUUAUUUUCCCAAAUGAAGAGUUGUCCUUCUCGAUC